AUGUUUUAUAACUACACACACGAACCGGAGAAGUUUGUGGAUCUGAAUAACAACAAAAUGUGCUUUAUCUUCAUCGCAUGUGUCCAUUUAAUGUUCAUGGUUGUCCUUGUUCUGUCUUAUGGAAAGGAUUUUAUAAGAGCUUGCAAAUUCAGUAUCAUACUUUUCUCUUUUGUCAGCAUUGGAGAGAAGGUUGUGUCGAUUGCCUUCUAUUUUCAUUAUGAAUAUUUGACCUGGAAAGAAGAAGGUAAGUGUUUAUUUGAAACUUGUGCGCGAGCAAGGUCUUUUUUGAAGCCAAGAUAUCACGGAAUUUAAUGUUUGGUCUAGAUAAAGUCCACGGGCAGUAUUUAGAAAAUCACAACUUAUUUUUUAAUGGAAUAUUACAGCAAAGUCUUCAACAAAUAACAGAAUUUUCAUUUUCAGCCUCUGAACUCAACACUUCUUUAUUUGCCGUCCUAGUCCGGGUAACUUGCCACACGGCGUUGGCCAUAAUGAUGGUUGGAGAACUGGCCACAUCCAAGGGUAAAAAAGUGGCUUCUCUCCCAUUUUGUGUCAUCAUUUUUGUGGCCCAAUUUCUCUCUAUUUCAUGGUUCUUUAAUACGGAAGUUAAAGGUGGGUAAAGCCUUACAAAAUCAUUGUUAUUGGUCUUUUUAGAAGAAAUCCACGACAAAGAAGCCUUUCUUUUAUUGACCACCACCUCCGUGUUCAACAUGACGUUGCUCACCGUGUUCUGUCUGUAUCUUGGAUUCCCGUCGGAAAAGACCAAGAGGGUAAGUAGGACUCUGAAUCUUUUUGGAUGGUAGUUUUUUUGAUCUUUAGCAUCCAUCUUGUGUAAACAUAACCUUGUUCUUUCUUCAGGUGAAUAAGAUUGUUGGCUUCCAUGCAAUAAUUGAUAUCCUCCACAACUUUCUAAUACAGUGCCUUCUGGCUACGAACAAUCCAGUCCAUCCGAGUGCCUUGAUUUUGGUUAACUAUGCCAAAGAUCUCUUCUUCAUGUUCAUUUAUGUUGUCCGGGUAAUGAAUGCGUCCAUUGUGGAGGUCUCUGACGCUGAUAGCAUCUCCUCCGUAUCUCAUGAGGACCUCGACAUAACAAUAGUCGAUACUCCGAGGUCGGAAGUCGAGAUGGUCAAGUAUUAA